CUGGCGCCUGCGCAGUGUGCGCUGUUGGCGGCGGUGGUUAUGGAGAUGCGGUGUGUGUCCGGGCCUGCGGCGGCGAGACGUGUUGGCGGCUGGACGUUAAAUCGGGGCGCCGGAGGGCAGGUCGGCUUCGCGGGAAAGAUGCUGCCCUUCUGGAAGGGCAAAGCAAUAAGACUGCCUGCUGCCAGAGGCUGGAAGCUUAACUUUCCAUAAUGCCCCACAAAAUUGGAUUUGUUGCUAUAAGCUCAUCUGGCCACGAAGAUGGUUAUAAUUCAAAUGAACUGAUGGUGCAUGCUCCAACAGUUAGUGGCUGGCGGUCACCAAGGUUCUGCCUCUACCCACAGGAGAUUAUCCUACAAAUGGUGGAGCGGUGUAGGAUUCGCAAACUGCAGUUACUUGCACACCAGUAUUUGAUUUCUACAAAAAUUGAAUUUUACAUCAGUGACAGUCUUCCAGAUCACUUUGGGUUGCAACAUGUGGACACAUUUCGUAGACUUGGAUAUGUUUCCCUGUCAGAUAACCAGAAGACAGGUUUCAAAGCUCGAGAACUUAAGUCUGUCCACGUUGAUGCAGUUGGAAAAUAUCUGAAAUUAACUUUCCACAAAAAUCAUGUCAACAGAUAUAACUUGUACAACCAGGUAGCACUGGUGGCUGUAAAUAUCCUUGGAGAACCCAUGGAAUAUAAGGAGAUGUGCAUAACUCCUUCGAAAGAUAAGUUGAUUGAUCGCUAUCUUGGAUGCAGCCCAGAUGAUCCAGCACUUGAUGGAACUUACUUUGGUAAGUCAGAGGUUAUCUCGCCCUUGGAUGAUUUGGCCUUUGAUAUGUACCAAGAUCCUGAGGUGGCCCAAAUAAUACGUAAAUUGGAUGAAGAGAAACACGAAGCAGUUAAACAUGAGCGCUAUGAUUUUGCAAAGAAGCUUAAGCAAGCUAUAGCUGAUCUUCAGAAGGUUGGAGAACGUCUAGGCCGUUAUGAGGUGGAAAAGCGAUGUGCCAUAGAGAAAGAGGACUAUGAUCUGGCGAAGCAGAAGAAACUACAAAUGGAUGAUUAUAGAAUGACAGUUUACAAGCAACUGGAGCUGCACAAUCUGUUGGACAUGGGAAUGAUUCGAAAGCUUCCAGAGUUUCCUCUUGAACCAGUGAAUCACCCCAGUAAGCUUCAACAACCAAAGGAUCUGGGAGUAGAAUUUGAACAGGCAUCUGUGAAAGCCCAUCUGGAAGAAGCACACCAAGCAAAUUCUGAUCUACAAUACCAGACCUCUGUGGUGUCUCCUACACCACUGCAUUCUCCUGCCCCACCUGUCAGGUUACCUUCUCCAAAGGUGGAUGCAAGCUCACUUCCCUAUGAUGAGAGACCCCUGCCAGCUCAACGCAAGCCUUCAGAAUUGUACAGUGUUCCCCAGCUAGACAUUAAUGAGAAUCUUGCUAAAAACACAGACACUUUGCCUACAUCAGGAAAUGGGAUUACUGGAGAACCAGAGCCACUAACAGAGAAAGCUUUCAGAGAAGCUAGUUUUGCCGUUGAGUUAUUUGGAGAGGCUCUGGUGGCUGGUGCCUAUUCAAAAACUUGGUCGUAUAGGGAAGAUGCUUUGCUGGCUGUUUAUAAGAAGCUUUCCACUGUUUCUGAUGAUCUAACUAAGGAUGAGCUAAAGAAUAUGUUACGAGCCGCAAUCUUCCUUGUUCGUAGAGCGAUUAAGGAUAAAGUAUCAUCUGUUUUCCAAGCCUCUCUGAAGUUGCUAAAAAUGCUGAUAACACAGUAUGCUCCUAAACACAAACUUGGCAAAGUGGAAAUUGCACAUUGUGUUGAAAAAACAUUACCCAUCCUCCUCAGCAAGACUGGAGAUGCGACAACACACCUUCGAGUGGCUGCAAUGAAUUUCAUACAAGAAAUGGCACUGCUGAAAGAAGUACGACCACUUCAUAUUAUCCCACCCCAAUUAAUGCAGCCUCUGAAACCACAAGUUCCAGUCCGCUUGGUAAUAAAUCAGAUUGAAUUGGUGGAGCGUUUACUGAAGGAGUUGGGCACAGAUAAUAGUGGCUUCAAUGUAGACAAUGUCAUGAAGUUUGCAGCAGAAGCUUUGGAACACUCAGCAUCGGAAGUCCGAGAUACAGCUAUACGGAUUAUUUUUGACAUGUAUCAACAACACAGGAGUGCAAUUUUGCAUUAUUUUCCACCUGAAGAUGCAAGUAUUCGCAAAAAUGUGCUGUACAAAUCACUUUUUGAUGGGUUUGCAAAAAUUGAUGGGAAGCCAACAGAAGCUGAACAGCGAGCACAUAAAAAAGCAGCUGCCAAAGACGCAGAGAGGCGGAAGAAGGAGGAAAUUCGAGCUCUUCAGGAACAGCUAGCAGCAUUGAGAGACGUGCAGGCAGAAGUCCAAACUGAAAAGGGGAAAGAUGUUGAAAGCAGCAAACAUUCUAAAUCAGAUCAUGGGACAAAAGUUCCUGCCUUGCAACCAGAGAUAUCAAUUGAACAGUCCACAGUUGCUGAUUAUUUGGAUAAUUUGUGCAUAUUCUGUGGGGAGAGGAAUGAAAUGUUUACUGAUGAAGGCUUGGAUAUCCAUUACUGGAAGCACUGCCCAAUGUUGAAACGCUGUGAGCAUUGCAAACAAGUAGUAGAAAUAGCCAGUCUCACUGAGCACAGGCUGACUGAGUGUGAGAAGAAAGAUAGCUUUGGGAAGUGUCCUCGUUGUAGUGAGGCAAUAGCAAAAGAGGAUCUCCAGGAACAUCUGAAGAUGAAGAACUGCAAUGCUGCAAAGCCUGAGAAAAUUGCCAAUCACUGUCCACUCUGCCAUGAAAAUUUUCAACCAGGAGAGGAGCCCUGGAAACUUCAUCUCAUGGGAAAAGACGGCUGUAAAAUGAACUCCCGCAGAAUGCAGACAUUACAGAGGACCCAACAACUCCAAGCAAAACCAGGAACUACAGCUCCUCCUAGGCCAGGACCUACAGGAAUUAAAGGACGUUCUCCAACCAGCAGCAGUAAAAUACCUGCUCCAAGAGCAGGAUUAAACAAAACCACGAGCAGAACUGCAAAUCGUCGUUGAAUUCAGUUUGGACAAGGCAGGCAGCAAGCCUAAUGAAGCCUCUACAUCAUCAAUUCAAAGCAUUUGGGUUUGCGUUGCCAUUUGUGAAAGCACACAGGGCUGUAAGAUCACAAUAUAAUUAACAAGACUGUUAGCAUGAAAGUAAAGAACUCCUGACCUCUGGGAGUCAUUUUGAAGUUCUGACAAAAACCUACUCAGGCAGCACUUAAUUCUUUAAAGAACUCCACUGGUACCAAGAAAAAAUGGAGUGCAAUAAAUUUAUUUUGUAGCAGACAUAUGCCUAGGAACCAGAAGCAGAACAUUUGGAAAGCAAGUAAUCUACUGAAUCCUGUUUUAACAGAACUACUUCAAUGUGCAAUUUACACUUUUUGUUGCCUUCUUUUGACUCACCAAUCUUGGCUGAGAAUGCAAUUAUACAGCUGUGGAGUAAUCAUUUAUAGGAGUCCUUAGAGUACAUUCUUUUUGGGAAAAUAAUAUAUAUAUAUAUAUAUGGAAUCAUUCCUUUAAAUGUUGUGCUUGGUUGAACAGAUGGCCAGAGCAACAAUUGAAUUUGCAGAAGACAUAUAGUUUGUAUGAAGGAAUGGAUCUGGUCCAUUGGCAUUUUCAAUAAAAAUGCCCAUGUUUGUCCAUAGAUCUAAAGUGAGAUCCAUAAAGUGGGCAUCAAAACCCAUCCUGCCCAAAGCCUUAAAAAUCAGCUGGUGGUUGAUGGUCAGAUGCUCUGGCUAAAUCUAUAUAUAAAAAAACACUGCCAAAUCCUUGUGAUUCCUUUUGGCCCACAUAACUAAAUUAUUUAAAAUGGCAGUUUUUUGGAUAAGUCCAUGAGUGGCCACAGCAAAUCCUUUCUGACGACUCUAAGGGUUUCAUAUUAACUAAAUGUUCGGUUAAGCUUUUGAUAACUGUCCUCAAUAGUAUUGACCUAAUGAUAAUGGAUCACUGAUUCCAAAUGAUUUUUAAUUUAUUGUCAUCUUCAGACUUGGGAAUAAGGACUAUCCAACUGUUAUUAAUAUUAGAUGGAAUUUUGCCACGUUUUAUUCAAGAGGAAUUCAUUCUGGUUAAAAUAUUGUUGUCUAAUUUGUGAAUUCUAUUCAGAUUAAGGCAUUCUGACCAGCCACAGUGUCCCUUUUAACACUUUCAAUAAUGUUUAAAAUCUCAGUUGUGCUAAAUUCACGUAAAAGGUUUAAACCCUUAUUAGCCUGUUUGAAAGUAAAAUUUUUAUACAAUCACCUAAGAGGCAUUGAAUCAAACUUAUCAUGAUAAGGAAAAGCAAGUACUCUCAUUUACUAUAAACAUUAUCCAUGAAGUUGUAGUAAAAUUUUUAUGCAAUAAAUCUGCAGCAAAUAUUUCUACGACCUUUACAUGGGAAGUUCAGUCUGAAAGAGAUUGAGAAAAGCUUGGCAACAGGACUCUUAUUGCAGCUUUUUCAUGAAUCUGGUGUACAAGUUUGAUUGCUUUCACUAUAUGAAUAGGCUCAUUUACAGUGAAGUGACUGAACUUUGCUUAUGUAAACUCUUGACAAGGAAAACAUUGAUGAUGAAAUGUUCAUGAUGGGAUCCAUGAAGUAAAAUAAAAGACAGUAUUUCUAGUUUCAUGCAUUGAUGUUAAAUAAUUACCUGGGUGGAGCACAUAAUGAAAUGUCAAUUGAAAAGAGAUGCACUUUUAAACUUCACCUGGUUCUUGAUCUGUUUAAGUUUGGACUUUCAGUGAAAUACUGGAAUGUGUGCAAAACGAAAUUGCAAAAAAAGUCCCCGUUAAAAUCUGUAAUGCCUCAGUGUCUUCAUCUGCAAUGCACAUUUUGUCUUUUAAAGGUGUUAAAUACCCCCCAUUCCUUCCUGGGUUGUGUUGAAUGCAAAAAGUACUUCCUUUUCAUCGUGCUAUCUGAGGUGUUUGUUCCGAUCAAAAGCAAGAUUCAGUCCUACAAUGUCAAAGUAAUAGAAAAGUAUUAUUCUUAUUAAAUGUUAGAAGAACAGUAAAAAAUUUCAAUACUUUGAAUAAAAUCACCUUGAAUCACUGGAGCUAGGUUAACUAUCUGACUAGUUUUUUUACAAUUUAAAAUAACUCAAAAUUGCUGUGCACUUGACAGGCAUUUUUGAUCAAACUUUGCUAAGAGUGUUAAUAGAAAAGGAUUUUCAUUCCUGCUGCUUAUGUUGACUAUUGCAGUCCUGUGAAGCCUUACUUAGGUGAUUAACAACAAAAUUGCCAAAGCAGUCUUCAGCAUAUGACAGUAAUUCGACGAUUUUAUAUAAUCUGAUUUAAUUUUGCUUUGUUUCAGAUUCAUGGUUUCAGAGCAUUUAACACAACUGAGUAAAGUUGGUUUUGAGCUUUUUAAAUGAAUGAUGUGUUAUUAAUUCAGUAAUUAGAGAUUAAAUCAAAUAUUGUAUAUUUUUUGCUGAUUUGUACGUAUCUGUGUCAGAUGUUUUGUCUUUAUUACAGUUUCCUGUAACAUUUAAUCUGUCUUCAUUAAUUCAUGUUGGAUUUUACGCAAUCCUUUAAAUAGUUUCCAUGAGCCUAUACGUUCAGCUUUCCUAAAUGUACUGUGCAGCACUACAUGCAUUGGGAUCCUUUCCCUUUAGUUCUUCCCAUCCCCACUUGAAAAGUUUUUGGUUGAUGGUCUCUGUCCCAGUAAUAACUUUUCAUGCUGUCCCUGUAUAGCAAGUUGUUUUCAAAAGAAAGCAUCAAAUGAAACAAAUCCGAAUCUUAUCCUUCUGUGUACAGCCUUCCAGAAAUGAGUCCCUGCCAGUUCUUGGAGCUAAUUGCUAAAAUAAUCUCUUAUGAAAGAAGGGUGAGGCUCCAUUAUAGAAUUUCUGGGUUCACAAGUUAUAUUUGUUUCAUAUAUGCCUGGAGUGUAGGAGAUGUAUAAAAUUAUGAUGGGUAUAAAUAUGCAAGCAGGCUUUUUACACUGAGGCUAGGGGAGAAAAAAAAACAGAGGUCAUGGGUUCAGGGUGAAGGGGGAAAAGUUUAAAGGGAACAUUAGUGGGGGCUUCUUCAUGCAGAGAGUGGUGGGUGCGUGGAAUAAGCUGCCAGAUGAAGUGGUGAAUGCGGGCUCACUUUUAAUAUUUAAGAAAAACUUGGACAGGUAUAUGGAUGAGAGGGGUUUGGAGGGAUAUGGCCCAGGUGCAGGUCAGUGGAACUCGGCAGAAAAAUCGUUUGGCACAGCCAAGAAGGGCCAAAAGGCCUGUUUCUGUGCUGUAAUGUUCUAUGGUUCUAUAGAACAUUGCAUUUUACUUAUGGAUGAACUGGCUGUGCUGAUCAGUAUGAGAACUAGACAAUAUCCAGGCCUGUAUUCAUAAACAGGCCUCAGAUAAAUACAAAGCAUAUGCUCUUCACUUUUUUAAUGUUUAAAGAAAAGUCUGUGAGAAUACUGAGGUGCUUAAUUCCCAUUUCCUGUACUUCUUUGCAGGUGUAAAAUGAAACUAAACUUAAAAUUAAACCAGCAAGGUAAAGGAAAAAAAGAUUUGCACUUUAGUUGUUCAAAGUACUUUGAAAUGUAUUUCUGUCAGAGUCCCAAUCUCUAAGUAAGCCUUGCAUGAAUAAUUUUCUUCCCCAUUAAAUGCUGAAUUUCUUCCAGAUCCACCAAUCAGGAAUAUUAUCAAACUGUUUAAUAGUUCUAAAACAAAAAAAAUUAGAGUAGGUCUUCAACAUGAAACAUGAACCCUGUUUCUCUUUCCAUAGUUAUUGCUUAAUCUGAUGGUUUCCAGUGUUUUGUAUUAAGGCAGAUGGCAAAAUCAAGGAAUUUUAUGAAGGAUACUAGUAUAGGACUAGAGGUUAUGCAAAUAUGGAGAUACUAGAUGAUAGUAUUUUGAAAAGGAUGAGAAUUGGAAAACCAAGAGCAGGUUUUAAUUGGAAUCCAGAAUAAACUCAUUAACACAUACUUCAUGGGUGGAUGCAACCUGAUGCAAAUUAGCACACAAGCAAAAGUUUUCAAUAAUCUCAAGUAUAGAGGAUUAGAUGGCAGCUAGGAAGUCAUUGGAAUUGUUGACUCUUAGAAUAUUAAAGGCUUGAAUUAGUUGAAAUUUGGCAGAUUUGGGCAAUGUCAAAUGGAAAUAUGUAAUAUUGAUGAAUUUAUAGUCUGAAAUUCAUUUUUGUGCCAAGAUUAUAGCUGGUUUCCAGCAGUUACCAAGGAGAGGAAUGGUGUUUGUUUUUAAUAGGAUUGCAUUAGUUUUAUAGCUGUAUGAUUGCAAAUCAUAAUUCUCAGUAAAACAAAAUUGCAUUAUUAUCUGAAAAAAGAUGGCACUCCUUGGGAAAUUAAAUCAUGUUCUUCCCUUGAUGAAUGCAAUGCACCUUACAGCUUCCUGUUAUCAGAUGCAUGCCAAUUAAAAUGCAAUUUCAGCUGCAGAAAACAAUCUUCUUUACCAAUCAGGAGAGCAAAAUGCACAACCUGUGACAUUCUCCAUUCAGAAACCAUUUUGUGGAUACUCUGGACACAAGUGGCUUUAAAACUCAAUGGUGACUGCUUGCUUGUUCUACAGAAUGUUCAGGCUUUGCUUGAAACUAAUUGCUAGUGCUUUUUACUAAAUACAUGGAUAAGAAAGGUUUGGAGAUUGCCCAAAAUCUUGGCAAAUGGGAGUAGCUCUGGUAGGCGUGGAUAGGUGGGGCCAAAUAUUAGAAAUGUCAUCCGUUUUCCAUGCUGUAUGACUCUGAACUAUUAAGUGAAUAAUGUAUGCCCCUGAUUAAUCCACUAGAGGCACUUCUUAAAAAGGAAUUUAAGGCUGUUGAUCACAAGCUCAAAAGGGGUUUGAAUUUCUGGGAGACGAACCAAGUGCGUGUGGAAAAAAUGCCAUGUUUACAAGCUCAGUGGUUUCAUUUAUUAGAGAAUGUCUACAGUAUACCGCCUGAAAUUCUUACUCUUCACAGACAUCCACAAAACAGAGGAGAACCCCAAAGAAUGAAAGACAAAAAUGGUAGAAUCCCAAAGCCCCCUUCUCCUUCCCACACACAAGUAGCAGCAAAGGAUAAACCUUCCCCACUCCCCUCACUAGUUGCAGCAGGAAGCAUCAAUGCCCACCUCUUCCACAGCAGGAGGAGAGACCAACAAACAGCUGGCUGUUAUGAUGUUACAGUCUGCAGUGUUGUUUUUAUUCCAAGUUUCUCUGACUUGAGAAUUGAUAGCAAACUCCACCUUCCUCCCCUACCAUCAAGAAAGUGAUUGCCCCAAUUGCCAAGGCUUGCAGAUGCCAUACCUGCUGUCACAAUGUUCCUGUCUCCCACAGCGCCUCAGCUGCUGGCACCAGUGAGGAAUUGAGUCCACAAGGCUGCACCCUGUAGAUGGACAUCAUCCUGGAGAUAUUGGAAGUGGCCCAUUGGUGAGCUCUGGGAAUGAGAUCCCAUUGCCGUGAAGAGCUACAGUUAGAGUGCAGCUGUAGAUCAUGGACUCCCAACUGAAACCCAGCUACCUUGAAAAGGAGUAAAGAGAAGAAAUAAAGCUGUUUUGCUGAUGAGCUCAAAGAAAUCACCCCCUGCCGCAAUCAUAGCUCCACCAACCAUAUACUAGUCAAUCCCAUCUUAAAUCUUGAGGAACGAGGUCUGAAGUGUUGGGUUUCCAAACGUUGUAAUUGAGAUAAUGAGGGUAAUCAGCUGAUAUGGACAACCAUCAUUAUAAAGGUCAAGAAUCUAGACACUCUCCCACUACUUACUGUAAGGAUCAUUAUAGGUAGCAAAUUUUCUGCGGUGUUAGAAAUGUCAUUGGAACUGAGCAACCAUGUAUUUUGAUUUCUAUGAGAAGGAAGUGACCUUGUGUGUCAUGGAGAUUUGGCAGCAAAAUUCAGGCAGCUCAGAGUUCCCAUCAAAAAUAAUCAAUCACUUUGUUUUUAUUUGCUCAACAUUCAAGAUGCACUUGAUUACUGCAAAACUUUUCUCAUGGUCAGUGUCCAUGUUUCCUGGAGGGUCAAGUAACUUAAUUGAACUAAACUGCGUGCUAGUGGACUCCUGGUUUGAUUGCUAUUCUAUGUGUUGUCCGCUUGCUUUAUGCCAUUUGCACAAUUUGUUAUUUUUUUGCAUGUUGGAUGAAGUUCUCUUGAACUAGUUGCAUGGUGUUUCUUUGUUGCAUGGCUGUCUGCGGGAGGAUGAAUUGCAGAGCUGUAUUCUAUAUGCAUACUUUGAUAAUAAAUGUAUUUUGAGUCAUUCUUCCCGUUGAGCUCACUGAGGGAAGAAGGAGAAGAAAAACUACUGCAAGUCAAUAUUCAUUGACAGAAUUACAUGGCUGGUAUGGAAUUAAUUAUAAUGUCGUGAGCCAAUUCUGGUAAAGUUUGUAAAAAGAUGUAUUGUUUCAUUUAUUCAUGUAAAAUGCAGUAUUUGCAAAUAGAACCUCCUUACAAAUAUAUUUACAAUUGAAUCACUUAGUGCUAUCCCUGGUGACUACUUUAUAGCUGGUCUAAUGAACAUGCUUGAUUAGUCAGGAAUAUACUGUAUAUUGCAAUGUGCAAGUUAAGUGUGAAAGUUGCAGGAAUAGUAAAUUAGCUGAUUAAUUGCUGGUAGUUAAAGCUUGCUGCUUUGUCACCC